AUGACUUCAGUGGUUCAAGAUUUUGUUUCUCUACCAAACGCAGAAGCCUAUGCAGUCAAUUGUGGCUCUGUUUUCUCAAUGUUCACCUACGCAUUCGCUGCCAUAGGACAGUACGACAUCAUCCCAAUAAAGAAUAUUCCCUCUAUGGAAUCUUGUUACACGCAUGAGUUCUAUGAACUUAUAAGACGUGAGUUUGAACAGAUGAAAAGUCAGGUUGGUCAGCUCCACAACUCUUGUAAGGCUAUUGAAGGCUCUUUUCUCGAACAUGUAGCAAACUACGUACUCAAAGGAGAGAAGAAGAUUUGGGCAGUGGGGCCCUUGCACCAAACGACAGUCUUUAAGGAGGCUAGGGAUGAUGACAAGUGCUUAUUGGAGUGGCUAGACAAACAAGAGCCCAACAGUGUCUUGUAUAUAUCUUUUGGAACAACUACUACUUUUUCUGAGGAAAAGAUCAAAGAGAUUGCUCUUGGUUUGGAGCAGAGUGGGGUAAAGUUUAUGUGGGUGUUGAGAGAUGAAGAUAGAUUAGACAGUUUCAGCAAUGGAUAUGAGGGUGAGCUAUCUAAACUUCCAAGUGGGUUUGAGGAAAGAAUGAAGGGAAAGGGAAUGGGAAUGGUGGUGACGAAAUGGGUGUCCCAAGUGGAGAUUUUAGGGCACAAAUCCAUAGGAUUUGGGUGCUGCAUUGUUCAUGCAAGUAAAAUAGGCCCCUUGCAGUCCUAUUGGCUCCUUGAAGUGGCCUUUACUAGUUUUGCACAAGUGAAAAUUUGCAAAAUGAUUUCUGUUAAGAAUUGA